UCAAUCUGCCCGAUAACCCCGAACCCCCGUCUGCCAUGUGCGAAGCUCUGGCCAUCCGGUUCUCUGUCCCACAUUCUCGUGUUACGUGUGUUUGCUGACCGUCUGACCUGCUUAAGCCCUCGAUCGGUUUCCGACCGAUCUAAUCUGUGUGCCGUCGGUCGUUAUGACGCCACGGAACCUAAGGAACCUAAGAGCGGCCGGGGUCCUGCUCCUCCUCGCCCUGCUGGCGACCUCCGCGCGCGCCGACAUCAUCUCCUCCUCCGUCAUAGAGCUCUGCACUAACUCUUCCUCAGACGAGGUUUCGAAGCUGAGCUGCGUUCGAAGACUCGCCGUUGGCCUGUCGAUCAAUAACCUUUCUAAUAAGACCAACGUCAUAGAAGCCUACAUCCAGUCGUCCAAGGAUGCAAGCGAUGUCUCCAGCACCUUCGAGUCCCCGAUCAAAAUCACCAUCAAAAAAACGCCCAUCUCCUUGGUCUACCCCCUCAUCUACGUCCAGACUGUCAACGGCAAACCCUUUGAAAAAAUAAUUUUGCGAGGGUCGACCUUUUCCCCUCCGACGUGCAAGGAUGGCAAUAGCGACGCUUCCACGUGCGGAUGGCACUAUACCUCCGACGGAAAGAAGAUCAGCCAGUCGAACGGCUUCUGCUGUAGCUGCAGUUACCUGGACAUUUUCUACUUCUCCGGCGCCAACCGCGCCCCCUUGGACUGCAAUCCCUUUGGCUAUAAGUUUUCCAGCGCGCACUGCCUCCGUCUCAGCGACACUUGGUGGGACAUCUACGAAAUAGAGCCGUCGCACCUGUUCUACCAAAUCGAAGUCGAGGUGACAGGCGCGGGAGACGAGCCCUAUCGCCUCUACCUCGACAACACCAAACCCUUCUUCGUCAACAAAGACGCGACCCUCUCCGCCCAAAUCGUGGGCGACUUCCACCCCUGGACUGCGUAUCCGGUGUUCCCCGACUCCUACUUGUGUAUGCCGAGUCAGCCGUUCGAUUCCGAAAGAGUGAAGCAAAUGGAAAAAAACUGGAUGAUUCUGUCCAAAUCCAUGUUCGACCUGUCCGGACGAACCUGCAACAAGAUCGGCGCCUCCUUCAGCGCCUUCACUUCUCAGCCCAACCGGUGCACGGUCCCCGCAUCCUCCUGUCUGUACAACCAGCUGGACGACAUCUUCGAGGCGGACGACAACCUCAGGAGCCAAAAUCUCACGCCCAGCUACUUGUUGUCUCGCUGGGGAAAUCCGAUAGACAUCCCGGCCAAAAACCUGUCCCACCAAUUCGCCCUCCACGUCACCGAGAUUCAAAAUACGCUCAUCACGCUCUACAUCAAAGCCGACAAAAUCCGCUACAUAAUCAACAAAAGUACCGGAAAAAUCGUGUUUUCAUCCGCGGAAAAUUUCAGCGCGUUCUCCAAGCAAGGACGACUCAAAGUCACCGUCAUGAACACCGGUCAGCUCAACGCCGACUACUACAUCUCCGUACACGGAUGCACUGGCGGUAUCGUCGACCCAAACGCCAUCCUUGUCUCCAUCUACCCCUACUGGGCGUACAACGCCCAAUUCGACCUGUACUCCCAAAACAUCAUCGACUCGUCCAGCUCCUGCAACGUCAGCCUCUACAGCUCAGACUACGAGCUCCUGGACCAAGUGCUGGUGAACUUCGACGUGGCCAAAAAGUCGGACACCCACUACUACGGCGACAACCCCGAGAGCGCCAACAACGCGCUCGUGACCUCCAGCACCCCUGGCUGCCGGGAAAUAUGCCCCGGCAUCUGGAGCUUCACCUGCCUAUCCCAAUACGGCUGCUACUGGUCUAUCGCCUACACAGUUAUUCUCACCAUUUUGGGAAUUGGAAUUGUGUGCCUGGCCGUCUACUGCUGCUGUCCCUGCUGCUGUUGUGUGGGACGCUGCUGCUUCGGCACGUGCAAGCUGCUGUCUCGGUGCACCCGAGGAACGCGCCGCGAGGGCAGGAGUCGGCCGGCAGCGCGCAGGCACAAAAAGAAGAGAAAAAAGCCGUUAGGCGUGGCUGGUACAAGUUGGGUAGAACGCUGCAAGCGCCUCUUUCGCAGGGGCGGUGACGAGCCAGUCGCCACGAAGAAAGUGCACCCGCCCCCUCCGGCGCGCCCUGUCGCGAAGAAACCGCCGAUGGAGCCGCACCCGCCCUUCGAGACCAGCUUGUGUCACCAUGUGGCGACGCCACACAUUUUUUACACGCAGGACCAACACCAUCGGUCCUAUGACGCGUUGGCACCCGACCUCGCCCAGCUGCCCGCCUCGGGCCCGGCGCUUUGCGACAACGCCCAGUCCAACCCGCUGUUAAUCAGCGCGACGGAGGCCCCGGCGCCCGACGAGUCGCGCUGCUCCACCGAGCAGAGCCUCGCGCUCCCACCAUCCCACCUCGUCAUGGAGGACGUGGACGAGCGGCCAGACGCAGACGACUCGCGGGCCCUAUUCUUGCGGAGCACAUUUCUCGCCGGUGAGCUGGCGUCGCGAGAAGUUUCUAUCUAUCUGAACGUGACAUCCACCAGAAUUUGUUCGAAAUUUUCGCCUCGCCACCCCGUCAUUGCGCCCUUCUCCGUCCUUGGCCGCGUGAGUAUCACAUCCCUCCAGAAGUCCGAGGCCGCGUUCUUCUGUCUGUUCACGAUAGACCCAGAACACGCGUACCAGACGUACGAGGUGGACCGCGAGGGAAGGUGGGUUCGCAUCACCGAGGACCGCGUGCCUCUAGACCCCGGCGCGGUCGAAUGCGCGAUGGACCUCUCUGCCGCACCUCAAGUGUUGUCGAGAAGUCCUAUCUAUCAUGUCAUCAAUAUAUAGAAAUUCAAGGACCAACUCUCGCUGAUACAAGCAAAAAAAAAAAAAAGUA